CAUCUCGCUAGUCUGUCGCCUGGUCAAGUUGCCAAAGUUGGGGUUGUACCAGUCUUUUUUAAAUAUCCUGUGGUUCCACGUUUUCGACUGCUAAUUACAGAAUUCCGCUGAUCAAUCUUCUUUACUGGGUCAAAGUUGAGACGAAGUGCCAUUGCGUCCUCCCACUGUAGCAGCACACAGUACCAACGCACAAACGCACACCAUGGCGCUCCGAGCUGCGCUAUUUCUGCUCGCCACACCGGUUUACAGCGCGCUCGCCCCACCCACAACCAUCGGCGGCGUCGAGUUCCCUUCGCUGCUGGACGCAACGAUAGAGGACCUCGCGCAGGGCCUGCAGGACAGGCUUUUCUCCUCGGUAGAUCUCGUCAAUGCCUACCUUGCUCGCAUCCAAGACGUUGAUGGAUAUUUCAAGUCCGUCACCGAGGUGAAUCCAGAUGCGCUUUGGAUAGCCGCCCAACGAGAUGCAGCUCGAAGCAGGGGAGAGGUUGCGGGGCCGUUGCAUGGAAUCCCAAUCCUGCUCAAGAACAACAUCGCCACGGCGGACAAGAUGAACAACACUUCCGGGUCCACGAUACUGCUGGGCGCAAAAGUGCCCAGGGAUAGUUUUGUCGUUAAGAAAUUGAGGGAGGCCGGUGCCAUCAUUCUCGGUAAAGCAAACCUCAGCCAGUGGGCCAAUUAUCGCGGCAGUUACCUGGCCAGCGGAUGGAGCGCACACGGCGGCCAAUGCCUCGGCGCAUAUGUCCCUGAGCAGGAGCCGAGUGGAAGUUCUAGCGGGAGCGCUGUGGCGGCUGCGCUGGGGUUGGCUGCCGGGACGUUGGGGACGGAGACGGACGGUUCCAUCAUCUCCCCGUCGUCGUACAACAACAUCGUUGGCCUCAAGACGACGGUCGGCCUGACGUCGCGCGAUUUGGUCAUUCCAAUCAGCGAGCAUCAGGACACGGUAGGACCAAUGACGAGGACUGUCAAGGAUGCCGCGAUCCUCCUGCAGGCAAUCGCUGGUGUCGACGCCAACGACAACUACACCUCGGCCAUCCCGGGUGAGAUCCCCGACUACGUGGCAGCCUGCGACAAGGACAAGCUCAAGGGAGCCAGGAUUGGAAUACCAACCAACGUGCUGGAGUACAUUUACGACCAGGGCUUCCACGUCGAGCUCGAAGCCUUUUACGACGCCCUGGACGUGAUCCGCGACGCCGGGGCCGAGCUGGUCGACGAGGCCAACUUUACGCGGAUGCACGAACUGAUCGACUCCAACAACGAAGCCAUCGUCAUGGACACGGACUUUGUAUCCAACAUUGCCACGUACCUGUCGCAGCUCACCACCAACCCCUUCGACAUCACCAACCUCUACCAAGUCCGCGGGCACACCCAGAGCCUGUCGGCCGAGGAGUGGCCGCGCAGGGACACGUCGACCUGGGACAGCGCGCUCGACCGGGGCUUCAAAAACACCGACCACAGAGCGUGGGAGGCGUAUCGGUGGAACGUAGAGGUCGGGACCGAGGGCGGCGUCAUCGGGGCGCUGGACAGGCACGGCCUGGACGCCAUCGUGCUGCCGACCUCGUGGGCCUAUCGCUGGUGCGCCAUCAUUGGCUGUCCCGUUAUCACGGUGCCGCUGGGGUAUUACCCGGACGACGAAAAGAUUUUGUAUAACCCUGGGGGUCUGGUGGAGUACGGGCCUGGCAUACCGUACGGGUUCGCCUUUUUGGGCAGACACUUUAGCGAAGAAAAGCUCAUCGGGCUGGCGUAUGCCUUUGAGCAAUUGACAAAUGUGCGCGACGAGCGGCCACCUUUUGUCGUUCCCAAACACGACAUACACGACUUUGCGGAUCAGGGAAUCGUGGACAUUUGGAGCCAUGAGAUGACGGACUUAUGAGUAGCAUACUAUUUUAUACCCUUAAUUAUUAAUAUUAACUAUGAGCAUUCACAACACACACACACACACA